AUGGCAACUAAUAUCACUUGGCAUCCAAAUUUGACUUAUGAUGAAAGGAAGCAACUAAGAAAUCAAGAUGGUUGUACUAUUUGGUUAACUGGUUUAAGUGCCUCUGGUAAAAGUACCAUUGCAUGUGCUUUGGAGCAAAAAUUAUUGAAUAAAAAAUUAUCUGCUUAUAGAUUAGAUGGUGAUAAUAUAAGAUUUGGAUUGAACAAAGAUUUGGGUUUCACUGAAGAGGAUAGGAAUGAAAAUAUUCGUAGAAUUAGUGAAGUUUCGAGACUAUUUGCAGAUGCUUGUACUAUUUCAAUUUCUUCAUUUAUCUCACCAUAUAAAGCUGAUAGAAAUAGAGCCAGAGAACUACAUAAAGAAGCUGGUUUGAAAUUCAUUGAAGUAUUCGUUGACGUUCCCUUAGAUAUAGCUGAAAAAAGAGAUCCUAAAGGACUAUAUAAGAAAGCAAGAGAAGGUAUUAUCAAAGAAUUUACAGGGAUAUCUGCUCCAUACGAGGCCCCGGAAUCUCCAGAAUUACACUUAAAAACUCAUUUGAAAUCAGUUGAAGAAUGUGCUGAUGAUAUUUAUAACUAUUUGGUUAAAGAAUUGAUCAUUCCAGCUUAA